AUGGACCUGAGGCGCAGAGAUGCCGCUAUCGCUGCCGCAGCAGCCUUCACAUCUUGGGCCUACGCAGCCAGCUGGUUUCCCGUGCUCCGCUGGACUGGUUACGCGUUCAUCAGUGGUGUCCUUGCUGCCGGCCUUGGACUUGUCGCUAUCCUGCUAUUGACGUCGCAAAGGCCGAAUCGUGAGCGACCGAUGGCCCCCAGGGUUUCCUUCAUUCACGCGAGCCGCUGGGACCAGGAGAUUACCGCCUUGAAAAAGCGCCAAACCUACGAGAAGCAGUCUCUUCUUGACCUAGGAGCUUCACCGCAAACUGCAAAUGCCGUCGACGGCCUGCUCGAUUUGAUAGUCCGUGACUUUGUCACUAUCUGGUACUCUCAUAUCAGCCCCAAUCCCGUCUUUUCGGACGAGGUCGACAGGGCGAUCCGAACAGCAGUAGCUAGUCUAAUAGAGUCGCUGCGAUACAAGGAUUUGGCAGAGGUUGUGACGAGCCGCUUGACUCCCAUUCUGACGUCGCAUUUUCGAGACUUCUACGAUGCCGAAAAGUCAGUGCGAGGAAGGAAGCUGAACCGAUCCGUGACAGAGUCGGAGGAACUGGACUUGGCUAUUGCCUCAAAAUACAACGAUGGGCGCCUACAUCCGGCGGCGUCUUUAUCCUUUCCCGAUACCAAGAUGGUUCAGCAAGAUUAUCUGCGGUCACUCUCGGAGCGAAUCUUGCCCAGAAUUCUGCCCGAAAAUAUGCUUGCGAGUCGAUCUGUUUCCAUCAUCAUUCGAGAAAUCGUCAGCUGCGCCGUCUUGUUCCCAGUCCUUCAACUGCUAUCGGAUCCCGACACCUGGAACCAAGUCAUGGAAAACUACGGCCGCUCCAUGCUGCAAGACAGAUCAACAGUCCGGAGGCUCAGAGCCGCACUCGAUCAACAUGCCUCGCCAACACCCCAGACCAUGAGGUUGACGGUGGCACCGCGCCUCGCGGCCGGAGAUCCCGAGCGCAAAUUUGAAAAGUUCAUCCGCGGCAUCCGAAAAGUCAACAAUCUGUCCGAUGCACGUCGUUUCCGCAGCGAAGUUGCCAGUCAGCUGAAACGCGAUUCGCUCCAAGAGAAGCAAGAUCCCGUCUACCUGCGACGCCUUGAAAUGGGCAAACGAAUUCUAGACCAAAAGGUCCAUCAGUUGGCGGCCGGGGCUAGUCGUCAGCUGGCCACUCUCGGCACGGAAGCCAUGCCGAGCGCCACAACAUCGCGGCUGGAAAAUGUCUCCCUUGUUGACCUUUUGAAAGAUGCAUCCGGGCUCUCGUAUUUCAUGGAAUACAUGGACCGCCAGCAUUUGAUGUCCUUGGUUCAGUUUUGGCUCGUGGUAGAUGGUUUCCGCAACCCGCUGGAAGAUGACGGCCAGGAAGAUGACAUUGACCCCUCCAAUCUGCUAAUGUGGUCCGAAGCGGACAGGCAUGAUCUGCAACAAAUCAACCAAGCUUACUUGUCGAGGCCCGAGUUGCAUGUGCCCGAAACUUCGAAAAGACUAGUGCGGCAGUUUCUCGAGGCUGGCAAGUCUGCCACUCCCCUCCAGUAUCACAACGCUAGAAAGUCAAUUUUGAGGGCCCAGAGCACAGUGUUGGAAGAGAUGCAGUCUCAGCAUUAUCAUGGCUUCAAGAGAUCCGAUCUAUACUACAAGUGUCUGGCAUCGCAGGAAACGUCUACAGCAGCCAUGGCACCAGCUCCGAUGGCACCGGCUUUGCCCCCCAUCAACCGAACCUCGCAGCCCUCUCAUCCCAAGCCUAAACCGGUGUCCCGGUUGGCAACUUCGGCCUCUAGUCAAGUACCCAGAAGAAGCGGUUCUGCUGCUGACCUCCAAAGAGUUGACGGAAGCGCAAUUGUUCCAGAUUCGAUAAACAACCCGCGUCGGUCACUAGAUGCGCCCGCAUCAACGCCGUUGUUUGACGAUGACGAAAUAGAAACUGAUGGCCCAACGGAUUCUGUUCACAGCCUGGAGCAGGAACAGGCACCACACCUAGCUCCAGAUACGCAAGUCGUCCAAGCUGUUGAAGCAGCCCUCAACAACAUCAUGGGCGACGAAAGACCGCAAACAGCAGAAGCCCUGCGGGCCUCUUUGUUCGGAGAUGCGGAUUACAAAGAGGCUCAUCUCCUGUCGAACAACGAUCGCGAGUCAAAUCGAGGGUCUGUGGAUUUGGGGCGGCCACCUGUUGCGAGUGCCAAAGACCACGAGAAGCCCAGUUUAUCUUCUUUGGGCCUGGUGAGCGCCGCGUCGAGGAUUGGUGUGUUUGUCGACGACGAUUUAUUUGGUGACGAGGACAAGUAUCUCGUCGACGAAGACGAAGACGAUGGCGCUAGCGCUAUGGAAAGGACCGAGGAGGAUGAGGUACAUGAAGCCGCACCGGGUGAUCUCGGCCUUGCCGAAGCUAUCACGGCUCUCACCAAUGAUAUAGAUCGUCUGGUCGCCCAGGAAGCCAUCAUCAACUCGUUGACCCGUAAAGCCGAGCUGACCAACAACACGUCAGAAUUGCGCAUUUUGCGCAAAUCCAAGGCAAGUUUGCAGAGAGAAAUCCGACGAAAGGAACUUCAGCGCCAGCAGUACGUGGUUCAGGAAAGCGACAACAGUCUCUAUGGUCGCUCCACAAUCAAGAUCAAGUCGAUCCAGGUGGGCAGGGAGGGAGACGGCCGUGAGUUUGCCAUGUACGUCGUCGAAGUGCAACGCAACGCAGGGGAGCAAAUGCCUGCGGCAUCCUGGAUCGUCACGCGACGAUACAGUGAGUUUCAUGAGCUCAACCAGCGCCUACGAUCCAGCUAUGCCUCUGUGAGGAAUCUAGACUUUCCUCGGCGAAGAGUGGUUAUGAAGUUUCAAAGCGAAUUUCUGCGCAAGAGAAGAGAGGCUCUAGAGAAGUACCUUCAGGAGCUCCUCCUUCUGCCGGAAGUCUGUCGAAGUCGGGAUCUGCGAGCCUUUUUAUCGCAGAGCAUCAUCACGCCCGGCCAAGACAUUGUGGAUCGUGAGGACAAGAAGGAUAUUGUCACGCGGCUGUACGAUUCUGUAGCAGACGGGAUGGAAGACAUUCUGGGCAACAUUCCCGUCCUGGACCAAAUCUCCGUUGCCGGCCAGAAUCUCAUUGCAGCAGCCACCAAUCAACUCAACCCAGUGCCGCUCAAUGCCAGUGAGGAUACCUUUCCCGCCGCCGAGGCAGAAGCCGAACUGAACGCCUUUGAGAACAAGGAACUGGAGCCUUUUAUCAAGCCCAUCUGCGAUAUAUUUCUGGAGGUCUUUGAACUCAACAGAGGGAACAACUGGCUUCGCGGACGCGCCGUUGUGGUGGUCCUGCAGCAACUCCUAGGAGGUACGAUAGAGAGAAAAGUGCGCGACAACGUGAAAGCGCUACUGCAGGACGAGUCUAUUCUACGAUACGUCGCCAUGAUACAAGACAUCAUGUGGCCAAACGGAGUUUUGCAACGGGCGCGAACACCCCGAUCCGCAGCGCAGAAAAAAAAGACGCGCACGGAGGCAAGCCUCAUGCUGGCCACGCUGGUUCCCGAUCUGGCUGGCAAUGUAGUCGGGAGGGUGAAUGCGCAAGCUGCGAGCCGUCGCAUUUUUGCUACCUUGAACAAUUCGCGGCUCAACUCUCACUUGGCUUUCACUAUGCUCGAUGAAGUAAUAUCCAUCAUGUUUGACGAUCUGUAG